CAUAAUCUGCUAGUAUACGUUUAUGACUGCUUUAAUCGGUCAUCAUCUGUCAAUAGAAGCAGUGGUUGCAGGAUAAAAGUCAUAUUCAAGCCGCUUGUCAACUGUUUAUUUUGAUUACGAUGGGGACGGAUUACGCUAUCGAUAGGCUUAUGACCGAAGCAUUGCAUGAUCGUUCGGAGUCACCCAAAUACAGUUCGAGACGUCAAAGAUUCUGCGAUCGGUUUAAGCAUGACUCGCUAAGCAAAGAGAGGUUUCUUGUUGCAGAGAGGAGGAACAAGCAGGAGGACGUGCGGCUGGAGCAGACACUGCGGACGUUCGACAAACAGAGGGUGAGGUUCUGCUACAACAUCGACUUGGAGAAGAAACACGUCCGGUCAGACAUCGAAAACAUCCAACGAAGCACUGGCAACAGCGAAAAGGGCAAACGCCCCAAAGACCGCGGUGAUGCGGCUUACCAGGAAUCCGUGCACUACAAUACAGCCAACCGGUUGUCGGAGAAGCGGCUCAGCAUGUGGCGCGAAUGCGAGAAGCAUCUUGCACUAUUUCUGACACGACACUUCGAAAACGAUUCGACCAGUACUAGGCGCUCGUCUAGACCCGUCUCUGUACCAACAAAGAUUCCUUUGUUCGAGAGAGUCCCCAUUGAACAAUUAAAUCGACGUUCUAGCGGUAAAAUCCGGCCACACACUGCUGCCGCAGCUGAUAGAAAGAAUAGCGAUUCCAAAAAGGUGGAGUGUCCAGCAAGACCAAAAAGUUCUUGUCCAACGAUGGUUGGAACAGAUAGAAGGAAAUCGUCUACAGCCAAAAGUUCUGUAAGCAGAUCUUCUAUGUCUUCCAUAGCCAAAUAUUCUGAAAGCAGCGGAGUACAUUUUGCCAACAGAAAGACUGAUGCGACUAACGACACUCUUUUAGCAAGCAGAUCUGUCACGGAUAGCGACGAGGACCUGAUAAGAUUUUGGCAGGAAAAAAAGAAACAGAGCGCAAGAGAGUCACAACGUAUUGAGUCACUAAAAUUUAACAAUUACGUGGGUGUACAACACACACGUGACAAACGAGACUCGGCUUCAAAUAAAAGUAAAGGCGUUAGCCAUCACGUCGAGUUUGAACAUUCCCAGGCGGGUACUCAUUCAACACCCGAGAGUACUUUAUCUGCGACAACCAUCGUCAGUAACAUAGAGUCGGCGACAGCACCACAACUUAAACUAUUUACUUCGAAAAGGAACAAACCGGUUGAAACAAUCAUCAAACAAUCCUUGAUAUAUUCAAAAACCGCACGCAAACACAUGCUCGAACAAAUGGUCGACCGUACGUGUCCGGAUCAAAGGGAGAUGAUUCGACAAGAACGAUUACGGUUAUCUAAACUUGACCAGCUCAUUCUCACAGAAGCGACUCAUGAAUUUUGUCGAAUGCUAGAUGGAUAUAACAAAUAUGACAGCAGUGAAUCCAGCGUGCAGUGCCAGUAACGUCUUCACUUUAAAUAGUAUAAGCUAUAUCCUAAAGCUAUAUCCUAAAGCUAUAUCCUAACCGGACGAGUGCGACACAACAGAUUACUUUAGUCGAGCGUGCGACACAAUGCCGACAGCAAUUAUUUCUAUUUUUCUCGCGCGACACUAGCGACAAACAUAUAUUAACCAAUCAAACAACUUUUACUUGACGGUUUCAACUGUUUAUAACGAUUUCGAAAUGAAGACUGUCGUUAUGGUCGCGUCUGGUUAGGAUAUUAUACAUAUUAUCGUGUCGCUUGCGUCCGGUUAGGAUGCAGCUUUACAUACCUGCAUAUACGUUCUCGGUCGAUAAAAAUAGAAUAAGCCCUCUCUAGAACAGAAGCUGAGAAUUAAUUUUGCGAGGUCCCUUGAAAUUAAAUAUUUGAAUAUAAUUAACCCGAAAUUUUCAUUCAAAUGUCUGUUUGUUCGAAAAUGUGUCUCAAACGGAUCCCAUAAUCAGAUCAUUACCAGACAUUGGGAGAUGGCAACAGUAGUCGGAUUUGCACUUGCUUCCCCAAAUACUAUACCCCCCCCCCCCCCCGGCCCCGCCCUCCCCUUUUGCGAGACCUGAAGUACUUGGUCCGACUCACGAGAAAAAGACAUUAGACUGGCUGAUUAAAUCGCGCCGUUCUAAUCGGCUUCUGCUGCAAUACAAAGAUUCGACAUAGAGUGAUGAUUGAUUGUACGAUCUAGUCCUGUUCAGUUGUUUAGACUAAAUUCAUCAUCUAAAAUGCACGAAGUUGACUUGUUUCCAUUUUAAAAAAAUUCUGUAAGUUUCAAAUACAGGUUCGUUCUCCUACAAAUAACUACGGCUAUUUGCAUAACAAAAGCAUCACUCUAUAGUGUGCUUCAAACUUAUGUUCUUUUCCACCUUCCUAGCGGAAUAUACUGUAGCAUGAUCUAUAUUUAAGAAACAAUUUCGAAACAUAAACCAACAAUCAAUUCAGGCGCGGACUCAGGUGGGGAGUGCAGGUGACACGCCUCCAUGCACUAUUUUUGUCAAACAAUAUAUACUCUUAAAAAAAAGUAGGGGAAUUUUAAUACGAAUUUACAAUUGCCAAAAUUAUAAGGUAUAUUAGCUGUGGGGAAUGGUUAUGUGAUAAUAGUGAAUUAAU